CUAAUUCCCCCCACACACUCUCCGCAGGCGGGAAGGGCCUCUCUCCUUCCCUCGGCCUUUCUCUCUCCCAAAUUCACGCUCCCCAUUUUACCUCUCAAUGGCCUAACCUUAGAUAGACCAAACGUUCUCCAAUGGCUUCUCUUGUAUCCCACCAUCUUCUGAGGCUCUGUACCUCCUCCUACUUCACCCCUCCCCCUCUCUCAUCCCGUCUGUUCGGGACGCUCCGUCCCCGGAAGUCCGGGAACCAUGGUGUCGCCGAUGGUUUUGCUCCUAAACUCUGUUGGAGUUCACUGAAUUGUCGUAGACGUUUUCGCGUUGUUGCAUCUACUUCGAGCUCUCCUACCAACGCAGGUUGGUCCACACAGGAUCCAGCAACUGAAGAAAGGUAUGAUGUGAUUGUAGUAGGGGGAGGGCACGCAGGGUGUGAAGCAGCGCUUGCAUCUGCUCGUCUUGGUGCCAAAACGCUCUUGCUUACACUCAAUCUUGAUCGUAUUGCAUGGCAGCCCUGUAAUCCUGCUGUUGGUGGCCCUGCAAAAUCUCAGCUGGUGCAUGAAGUGGACGCACUUGGUGGUGAAAUUGGGAAAAUUGCUGACAGGUGUUACUUGCAGAAACGUGUGCUCAAUAUUUCAAAGGGACCAGCUGUUCGAGCAUUGCGUGCACAGACAGAUAAGAGGGAGUAUGCCCUGGAAAUGAAGAGGGUUGUUGAAAGCACUCCCAAUCUUUGCAUCAGGGAAGCUAUGGUCACUGAAGUACUUGUUGGGAAAAAUGACAAGGUAGAAGGGGUCCGGACAUUCUUUGGUGUCAACUUUUAUGCCCCUGCAAUUGUGCUCACAACAGGCACAUUUAUGAGUGGAAAAAUUUGGGUUGGAAGAGCAUCCAUGUCUGCAGGAAGGGCUGGUGAGUCAGCUUCAAUAGGAUUGACAGAAUGUCUGCAAAAUAUGGGCUUUGAGACUGGUAGGUUGAAGACUGGAACUCCUCCACGAGUAGACUGCCGCAGCGUCAACUUCUCUGGAUUGGAACGACAGUGUGGCGAUGAAGAGGUUGGCUGGUUCAGUUUUGAUCCUGAUGUUCAUAUUGAAAGAGAACAGAUGUACUGUUAUUUGACACGCACCUCACCAAGCACUCACAAACUUAUCAGAGAUAAUCUGCAUCAAACUCCAACUUAUGGGGGCUGGGUUGAAGCUAAGGGUCCUAGAUAUUGCCCUUCUAUUGAAGAUAAGAUAGUGAGGUUUCAUGAUAAAGAAUCUCAUCAAAUUUUUCUUGAACCCGAAGGAAGAAAUGUACCAGAAUUAUAUGUUCAGGGUUUCUCUACUGGUCUACCAGAGAACCUACAACUCGCUCUCCUUAGGACAUUGCCUGGACUUGAGAACUGUUCAAUGCUAAGGCCUGCUUAUGCGGUGGAAUAUGAUUUUUUGCCUGCUUAUCAAUGUUCUAGAUCCCUCAUGACUAAAAAGGUUGAAGGGCUUUUCUUUUCAGGCCAGAUAAAUGGAACCACAGGCUAUGAAGAAGCUGCCGCUCAGGGCCUCAUAUCUGGAAUUAAUGCAGCAAGGCAUUCUCAAGGGAAGUCAUUGAUUGUGCUAGAGAGAGAAAGCAGUUAUAUUGGAACAUUAAUAGAUGAUCUCAUUACAAAAGAUCUUCGAGAACCUUAUCGUAUGUUAACAAGCCGCUCAGAACACCGUUUGCUCCUACGGGCAGAUAAUGCGGACAGCCGUCUGACACCUUUGGGUCGGGAGAUUGGUCUCAUAGAUGCCAGAAGAUGGAAAAUCUACCAGGACAAACAGCAGCGGAUAUUGGAGGAGAAAAAGCGAAUCAAAUCAGUCCGCGUUUCAGGUAGUGGAGAAUUCGCAGCUGAGGCCAAUCAGUUGUCUGGUCAGCUUGUCAAAGAUGGUGCGUCCCUUGAAUCCAUCUUGAAGAAGCCACAUAUUCAGUAUAAGCUUCUUGACAAACACGGUUAUGGAAACCCACUUCUUUCCAAAGAAGAAAAAGAAUGUAUAGAGGUAGAUAUCACAUACGAAGGAUUCAUUGUUCGGCAGCAGAGCCAACUUAAACAGAUAGUGCAACAGCAUCACAAACUACUUCCAGAGGAUAUAGAUUAUUAUGCUGUGACAACAUUAUCUUUGGAAGCACGUGAAAAACUUUCCAAGGUACGGCCACAGACAAUUGGUCAAGCAACAAGAGUGGGAGGUGUGAGUCCUGCCGACAUUUCUGCCCUUCUUAUUUGGCUUGAAAGCAAUAGAAGGAAAGCACAAGAAAGAAAACGGCUAGAAAUGCUAACCUCAGUCAUGGCAGCAGCCGAUCAAUCAGAUCCUGCUCUUGCGACAAAUCAAUGAAAAUGGAUUGUGCACUCUUGCAACAGAUCAAUGAAAAUGGACUGAGCAGUUGCCUUGCAUAACAUUUCUCACUGAUUUCUCAAGAGUGAUACCUUGGCAGGUUUGCAACACCAUAUGAUACUGGUGAAAGUUUUCUUCUUGUACGUCUCAUGCCUUUGUAAUUCUUUUUACUGGUUCCGAAAAAUAAAUUUUAGGAAAGGGGGAAGGAAGGGAGAUGGAGAUUGUAUUCUGGUAUAGAGGUGGACAUCCAUGACUAGUUGACUACGCUAUCAGUAGGGAAGAAGUGAACGCUUGCAUAAAAGAGGUGAACUGUACAGUUGCAUGCGCAACUAAGUACAAAUGUAUAAUGUGAACUGGUCAGACUGGCUCAGUGGCAGGUCAGAUUGGAUCUGCAACGCUCGGCAAAAGAGAGUCGAAGCAAGGAGUAGAACCACGGAGGCAUGUUAUUCCGGCGCAUGUCGUCUAUGCACCGAAAGAAAAUCACGCAUGCACCUGUACAUCUAUGCUAGUCUGGAAUGACCAUGUUUGUUUGCAUUGUAAGGAGCGGCAGAGACUGUGUGUUCUUGAAUCAUUCCUUUUGAGCCAAAUCAUGUGGACCGUCAAGCAUAGACAAACGUUCUAUUUUUAUAUUAUUUUCUGACACGGUGUGUUACAGGAAGCGGCAUGACUUGUAAGUGUGACAUGGCAACAGGCUCAUUCUCAAUCACCGUCUUCUAUGUAUAACAUCUAAAGUUUAAUAACCAAUGAAUUCAACCAUUGACAGCCACCUUGGUUGUUAAGGUGCAAAUUUCAGUAA